CCCAGCUUCUGCAGUGUGACCUGCCCGAAGUCAGGGCACUCCUUCAGUCUGGGCGUGGAUGGCAGCACAACAAGGCUCCUGGAACAUGGACGACGUGUUGGAGAAGAGCUUGGAAGGACCCCAGGCAUCUUCAGAGGACGAGUCCUCCCAGAAGAGGGGAGACUUGGUGGAAAUCCUAAAUGGUGAUAAGGUGAAAUUUGACGAUGCGGGACUCUCCUUGAUUCUUCAGAACGGCUUGGAGACCCUCCGAGUAGAAAACGCUCUGACGGAUGUCACCCUGUGCGUGGACAUCCAGGAAUUCUCCUGCCACCGCGUGGUGCUCGCAGCGGCCAGCAACUAUUUCAGGGCCAUGUUCUGCAAUGACUUGAAGGAGAAGUACGAGAAGAGGAUCAUCAUUAAAGGGGUCGAUGCUGAGACCAUGCACACCCUCCUGGACUACACGUAUACCAGCAAGGCGCUGAUCACCAAGCAGAAUGUGCAGCGCAUCCUGGAGGCUGCAAACCUCUUCCAGUUCCUGCGGAUGGUGGAUGCCUGUGCUAGCUUUCUCACAGAGGCCCUGAACCCAGAAAACUGUGUUGGCAUACUGAGGCUGGCAGACACACACUCCCUGGACAGCCUGAAGAAGCAAGUUCAGAGUUACAUCAUUCAAAACUUCGUGCAGAUCCUCAGCUCCGAAGAGUUUCUCGAGCUUCCUGUGGACACUCUGCACCACAUCCUGAAGAGUGAUGACCUUUAUGUGACAGAGGAGGCACAGGUGUUUGAAACUGUAAUGAGCUGGGUCCGGCACAAGCAGUCCGAGCGACUCAGCUUGCUCCCCUAUGUCCUCGAGAAUGUGCGCUUGCCACUCCUGGAUCCCUGGUAUUUUGUGGAUACCGUGGAAGCAGACCCUCUCAUUAGGCAGUGCCCGGAGGUCUUCCCGCUGCUCCAGGAAGCCAGGAUGUACCACCUUUCUGGCAAUGAGGCUACGGGGCCUUCAUGUCCUGCUCGUUUCCAGAUCAUUUCGGAGCGCACCAAGCCCAGGAUGCACGAGUUCCAGUCUGAGGUGUUCAUGAUCAUUGGGGGCUGCACCAAGGACGAGCGAUUUGUGGCAGAGGUGACUUGCCUGGACCCGCUGAGACGCAGCCGCCUAGAGGUGGCCAAAUUGCCGCUGACUGAGCAUGAGCUGGAGAGCGACAAUAAGAAGUGGGUGGAGUUUGCAUGUGUGACUUUAAAGAAUGAAGUCUACAUCUCAGGUGGCAAAGAAACACAGCACGAUGUCUGGAAAUAUAACUCUUCCAUCAACAAAUGGAUUCAGAUUGAGUAUUUGAACAUUGGUCGCUGGAGGCAUAAGAUGGUGGUGCUGGGCGGCAAGGUGUAUGUGAUCGGAGGGUUCGAUGGCUUGCAGAGGAUCAACAAUGUGGAGACCUAUGACCCCUUCCACAACUGCUGGUCAGAAGCUGCACCCCUCCUUGUCCAUGUCAGUUCUUUCGCAGCUACCAGCCAUAAGAAGAAGCUCUAUGUGAUUGGGGGAGGGCCCAAUGGGAAACUGGCCACGGACAAGACUCAGUGUUAUGACCCUUCAACCAAUAAGUGGACUUUAAAGACAGCCAUGCCUGUGGAGGCUAAAUGCAUCAAUGCUGUGAGUUUCAGGGACCGCAUCUAUGUUGUUGGAGGGGCCAUGAAAGCACUGUAUGCCUACAGCCCGCUGGAAGACAGCUGGUGCCUGGUGACCCAGCUGAGCCACGAGCGGGCCAGCUGUGGCAUCGCGCCCUGCAAUAACCGACUUUACAUCACUGGAGGGCGGGAUGAGAAGAACGAGGUCAUUGCCACUGUGCUGUGCUGGGACCCAGAAGCCCAAAAACUGACAGAGGAGUGCGUCCUGCCUCGUGGAGUGUCACAUCACGGCAGUGUCACCAUCCGGAAGUCAUACACCCAUGUGCGGAGGAUCGUGCCUGGAGCAGUGUCUGUGUGACUGUGGGAGGGGAGCCUGGAGACACUCAGCACUUGGUCUCUGCCUCUCCACCAUGUGUAGUCCUGUAUGGCUGGUAUUUGAGGUCAUCUCUUGGGGGCCUUCUGGGGCUUCUUAUAGGGGCAUCUCAGAAGUCACGGGCCUGGGACACUGAGACCAGCCUGGGGUGUUUGCCUGACCUACCUCAGGAGGGAAGACGGGAAGAGUGAUAUUAAACAUCCAAGACACACUGACUGUGUGUCCUUGCCCAUCAGCUCAUUUAACCAUCAUGAUGACCUAGAGCUGGAUACCAUCUCUCCUGUUUACAGGUGCAGAAUCUAAGUCUCAAAGGCGGAGACUUGCCCCCAUAGGACAGCAAGUAACUAAGCUGGGCGUCUUUCCUUUCCAAGGGUCGUGCCCACCCUGCCACCAGUAUAGCCAUCUCUGCAUUUGGGAAAGCAACAGGAAGCAAAACCUGGCUCACGUCUUGUUUUGACAAAUCUUGCUAGAAGAUUCACUCAGCAAGCCAA